AAAAAACGCAAACACCGUUUCUGACCAGUGGCCUCGUGCCACAACAAAUGUUACAUGAUGUCCCUGAGGAAACAGGAAGUGAACCAGGCACAUAAGAGACUUUCUUCCUCUUAUUGAAACCUCUUCAAGUGGUAGCUGGCUGUUUACAAGAUAAUAGUAAUGCGUUUACAAUGCAUAUGCAAUUAAAGUGUCUGGUGGCUGGGGGAGACAUAGAGGUACCCUGUGAGGUUUGAUAGUUUGCGUGAAGUGCGGUGAGACUGUUUGAGAUGGACUCUACUGAGUUACAAGCUCUAAAAUGACCACAAAAUAACAAACCAAGAAGCCAACAAUGGAGAUGUAAUGGAACCAUAAAAAACUCAGUCCAGAAAUGUUCAGAGAAGAGCUCCCCUGGGCCAGGGUGGUUGGGUGCAGGGACUCCUAUGAGGGUAGAUGUGUGGGCUCUGGAUCAUGUGCGUGUAGGCUGCAAAACUACGGCUUUGCCUGUCACUUUUUACAAAUUAUUCUCCUCCUCUUUGUAUGGAAGAGGGAAGAGCAUCGACACUUAGAAGUGUAUGUCCUGCUUUUAACCAGAUAGAAGGAGAACAAGGAACUUGGGCUGGUCAGGAGCCAGGAGCUUCUUCUGGGUCUCACAUAUGGGUGCAGGGACCCAAGCACCUGGGCCAUCUCCCAGGCACGUUAGCAGGGAUCUGAAUCAGAAGUAGAGCAGUCGGGACACAAAAUGGCACCCAUAGGAGCUGCUGGCACUGCAGGCACAGCUUUACCCACUACGCCACUGCACUGGCCCCUUGCAUGUCAUUUAUAUCCCAACAAAACUGUGUUUGACAAAGUGCAAAGUGCACACGACACCUCCUGAGGAGGAGGCGCUGUAUGCCCAGUGGGCGGAGUCACCGCUGGGUGUGGCAGGGAGAGCCCCUGCUCUGAGCUGAUGCAUGGGAGACUCAGGGUACCACCCAAGGCAGCUGCUGUGGUCCAGCUUUGUAUUUAAGCCACAUGGCCCGUCUUCUUCCCUUUAAAAGUUUUUAUUUAUUUGAAAGGCAGAGCAACAGAGAGAGAGAGAGAGAGAGAGAGAGAGAGAGAGAGAGAGAAACAUGAGACAAAUCUUCAAUCCACUGGUUUAUUCCCCAAAUGACUGCAACAGCCAAGGCUGGGCCAGGCCGAAGCCAGAAGCCUGGAAUUCCAUCCAAUGUAGGAUGCAGGUGUCCCAAGCGGUGACAGCCUCCUGCACAAUGACACUUGUCCCCGCGUGGCCCUUAUUGGCCUCCUCUGUGACUUGCACAUCUAAACUGUCACAGAGCCCAGCCUGGUGGCCCAAGGCCCAAGAUAUCAGGGCCAAGUUAGGUCCUCAGAUGCCAGACCUGAGCACCUCCGUCUCUGGCCUUUCGUCUCGCCGGGUCUGACUGGUUUCAGAAAAGGUGGGGCAAGUUCUUCCUAAGCUUCGUGGUGCCGCUGGCUUCUGCAGUGCUGCCGUCCUGUCGGGGCCCAGCCUUGCGGGUUGAACCAACAGGUGCGGUGACUUCUUUAUGAACCUCUGUUCAUUUCGUGCAACUUUGGGCGCAGGUGAGCUGAGGCUGGGAGGUGGGUGAGGGCCUGGGGCUCACUUGUGUUUUCCCUGAGAUGCUACAUCCGGUCAGCACCAGAGGAUUCUGGCAGGGUGGGUGUUCCUGGACAUGAAGGGCACUGAAGGGCUGGCCCCUAACUGGCUUCUCAUCUGCAGUGCCCAAGAAUUCUGAGUUGACAGGGGACAGUGCCAGUGGCCUUGGCUACACCGUCCACCCCAGGCCAUCCUGCCUCCAGCAGUUACUUUGUGAUGCCUGACCUCCCCUUCCUGUGAGGAGCUCCCAGCUGCAGCUAGAAGGUGGCCAGGUCACCACGGCUGUGAGUGUCCCUCCUCUGAGACCCCUCUGCGUGCCCCACCAGCCUGGUCUGCAUGGGAAUCAGCGCCACCCUGCACUCUGGUGGCCCUGAAAUCAGAGACUUCUCAGGCAGGUGGAGCCAGGGAAUGAGGCCCCAUCCUCAGGGCUAGUGCAGGUCUAGCUGCUACCCCCUGGCGAUCAGCUCAGGUGUUUCUAAACCAAGCUUCGUGGAGAAGCAGGCGUGGAGUCCGUGGACGAAGGUCUGGGGCUGUCCUUCCUGGAAUGCGCACAUAGCCCCAUGUCCCCAGCCUUCUGAUGGGUCCCCUCCCUGGGCAAGUCCCAGUGUUUUCCACCACAGCCCUGUGUGCACCCAGACGUGCCCCCAGAACACAGCGAGGUGACCAGGCAGAGGGUCAGGCAGGAGCCGUGCUCACCAGCAGCACCUUCAGAGAGACUGCCUCUCUGAGGCUGUGGGUUUAGCCUGGCCUGCGUCCACUCAGGGUCCUGCCUGGGCAGUGUGAGAAGAGGUGGGAGGCAGGAUUGAGGUCCUGGAGCCGGGAGUCCAAGGAUCAGGGCUUUGGGCUGAGUGUCACGAGCCCUGGAGUCCGUGUGCCCAGACCUUCACUGUGCCCUGCGACUCAGUUCUGAUGAGCGGUCCCUUCCCUCCUCAGAGCCGACCCCCAAGCCCCAGGCUGGACUGCACCCUCUGUAAUGGGUGUUCCUGCUGGCCCUGGGGUAACCAAGGGCCUCGCUUCCCCCAGGCCCGCCCAAAGGCCACCCUGGCUGCCUGGCACGUGCUCCAGAUGUUUCCGGAGGGACAGCUCAGCCUAGCACUGAGGGGCUUCCUCCCCCCCCCCCCACCCAGCCCACAGCUCCUCAAAGCUCAAGCACCCAGGUAACUAAGGGCUGACAGCAGGGCUCCUGGUUAGUUGCGUGGGAGAGACUGCCACUCGUCUCCUGGUGCGGUUGUCUUCCCAGAUCAGCUCCCGGAGGCCAGAGCACGGCCGAGAGCACCCGCAGGAGCGGCUGACGCCACUCACACUGUCCCCUGCUGCUGGCUGAAGCCCCCCACUGGGUGCCCUGACACAGGAAGUGGCUGUGGGAGGCGGCUUCUAGUUGCCGACCUCCCAGUGCCAGUGUAGCUGUGAGGUGGCAUUGGUGAGGGACAAAGCCGAGACCUCGCCUGCCGGCUGGCUCCACCCAGUGAAGAGAUUCACUCCUUGGGUGCCCAGAGCCGGGCUCCGCUAAUCGUGUUCACAGAGCAGGUGUGUAGGCAUUUUCACAGCGGCCAGCUCGAGACAGAGCCCCCAGCGCUGCGGGAUCCCUCAGGUGGCGGGGCAGGGGGCACAAAGGACGGACCCAUGCAGGGAGACACCGUAGCAGCCCAUGGGGACCGAGAGCCUUGUGGAGCUCGGGGGAGAAAACUCUGCUCCAGUCACGGUGGACACGUGCAUUUUGUGUUCUGCAGACUCCACACGUGUGAAGUGGUCUUUGCUCUGAGACACAGAGGAGACACACCCAGAGGCACUGGGGUCUGGGCUCAGAGCAGCAAGCACAGAAUGGACAUGUGUUGUCCUGUUUUAGGGCCCAAACUCCUUUACCCACAAGACAGCAGCUCCAGCGCAGCUGUGCCUUCAGGGAGAAUCGGCCUGUAGCCCCGUGCUGGUGCCUGUGAUGUGGGCUUGGCUGUGCCGUCGCAGUCAUGGGAACAGAGGGGCAGGCGGGAGGCGUCCAUGGAAGGUAACAGCCACUGUUCUUUUGACAGCUGUGACCCACCUGGAUAAGAAGCUGUUCCUCAGGGGAGAGCACUGGUCAGCAGGAGCAGAAAGACCUCCCCCCAGGCUUGUACACGAAUGAGCCCAGCACCGAGCUGGGGGCUCUUCACACCGACAGUCGUCCUGUGAGGCCCUGCCUGCUGGGCCUGGCCUGACCCUCCUCCCCUCUCACUGUGUGGUCCUGGCAGGAGCAGCCUUGAGCUCUGUGCAGUGCCACCCUGUACCACACCCACAGUCGGCUUGUGGUGUCCUAGGGCCAGAGAGAGACGUACUAGGACUACACUUGCCCCUUACACCCACCUUCCAGGCCAGCAAGGGCGAGAGGGCAGGCCUGUCCCCAGGCCUGUCCCCCUGGUCCAUCCCCAACACAGGGCCAGCCUCUUGGAAUAACUGGAUCUCAGGUUUUUUUUUUUUUUUUUAAUGUGUUGUGUGUAGUUAGCAUGUGUGGUACUUGCCUUAGGCCUGACAGGACUUUAGGGGAGACUGGUCACUUCCUGGACCCCCCACCCCACGUUGGGGGACAUGGACUAAAAUUCCACCCUGACCCAAGCUCAGGUGCUGUUGGCAUCUGUGUUCCCCAGAGAAGCACCACCCCACACACAAGGGAAGGAAGAUCUCCUGAGGUCCGGUUGGUGCAGGCUCCCUGCCCACUCCCCAGGCCCAGGGACCUGGUGGCAAGGCCAGGACACCAGUGCUGAGUCCACACAGGUACUGUUGGCUGCCAUAAGCUGCCUGCUUUGUGUCAGGACUGAUGUGUUCAGAACUUUGAGACACGAACAUAUCGUGCUUUCUAUGUGCACUCUGGAUUCUUUCGCCUGGCCCAGAAAGAAGGCCACGUGUCUGAUGUCACUUGCAGCUCAUGAGGGAAGGUGCUGUGGGUUCCGCCCUGGCCCAUGUCCACACCCACCAAGGACAGCCACACCUGAGGAGAUAUCCGGCCAGGUCCCACCAUCUUCUGCACAGACCCUCCCUGAGAACGCCUGGGGCUCCACCCUGCAGCAGAACCCCCUCCCUGUCCUUGGAGAAGCACAGGCCAGAGGACGAGCUGGGGAUGGUCAGACGUGGGGCUGGUGGGUCCCCCAAGGCAGCUCCAUCUCCUUCCCGCCCUCCACGCCCAUCUCUGCCUCUGUCUCUCCUCUUCUUGCCUGUGACCUCCAGGCACACCCUGGGGGCCUGAGCUGAGUGAAGGGUUCAGCAGGGGAGGGUCCGGUCGCUCAGUUGUCACUUCUGCUCGUGCUGGGGCCCCGCGACUACCUGCAGCCUUACCUGCCUAUCAGGCCCUCCCCAGAUGUUGUACAAGUGGCCUCCCCUCCAUGGGACACUGAAGCCUGAAGCCCACUGGGGGACUGAAGACUUGAGGACAUGGGGUGCAGUGCUGGCCCCGGGGGGCUUAGCAUCUUCUGCCUAAAGUCAGAUGCCUCCCCACACCCAGACCCACGUCUGACUUCCAGGCAUAAGACACAGGAAGGCUCGAGACCCCAGGGCCACUCAGGAAAGGCCGUGCUGGUCAGCCUGAGUGUGCUACAGCCCCCGACUAGAUGGCAGAUGGCAGUCGGGGCCUGUGCCGCUGUCGUCCCCUUCCGCCUGCACCGGCACCUCCCGGGCUGGCUUCUGCAGGUCUGUCCUGGGGCGCCUGAUCAGCUCUGCAAGGGGCACCCCUAGCUGAAGCCGCUCUGCCUUCACCAGCUGGGGCCACGAGAUCCAGCAUGCACCGCUCGGGUCACAGCCAAGCAGGCGCCCCAGGACAAAAAUAGCAGUCAGAUGACUGCAAGGGUGGCUCACGGCUUCGGCCCAAAGCAGCUACAGCUAAAAAUAGGCUUGAAGGGCACAGCCUGGGGAGAGUGGCAGGGGGACAGGCGCAAUGCAGUCGCUUCGCUUCAUUUCUGCUGAAGCCCUGGUGUCCCACCCCCAGCUGGCCCAGCAGGGCUUGGACAGUGUGGCGCACAACCUCUACCCACUGCUGUUCAAAGCCAGCUACCUGCAGGAGCAGGCGGAGGUGGUCUGUGCGGUGCUGGGACACUGGCCGCUGGAGGAGUUCCGGCUGGGUGCACUGCUGGGGCCAAGUGCCGACCACCCUGAGGACCUGCGUGACCGGGCUUGCAGGGCCUGCCUGGAGGCCUGCGUGCGGGGCCUCGCAAGCCACGUGCUGCAUGGCGGCCGGCAGCGGCUGCGACUGGCUGACCUCACAGGCGUCCGUGACGUGCAGGUGCAGCGGUGCCCCUGCAGGAGGGCGCUGGGCAGGUGGGGCCGCACCGAGCUGCUGGCUAGGACCUGCUGUGAGCUGCAGGCUGGGCCUCCUGUGGCCGGGCGCCCCAUUGAGGUCCUUGCUGACCUCUUUGUCACCGAGGGCAACUUUGAGGCUGUGGUGCAGGCCCUGCAGCCAGCAGGUCCGGCCCCUCUACGGGUGCGCUGUCCCUCAUUUCGGGCUGACAGCCUCAGCCCUGGCCAGCUCCUGCAUGUGCUGCGCCUGGCCGGGCCGGGCACUUUGCGAAAGCUCGAGGUGGUGCACAAUGUGCGGCUGCAUGCCGGCCACGUGCAGCAGCUGCUGGUCCAGGUGGGCUUCCCCCAGCUGGCCUCACUCACCCUGCCCACCAAGGCCUUUGACAUGCCCCCAACCUGUGCCCCGAGCCCUGGCAGUGAGGACUCCCUCCUCACCUCCAUCGCCGGGGAACUUGGCCGGAUGGCCUACCUCACCGAGCUGAGUGUGGCCUUCUCCACGCUGACCGGGAAGAUCCCAACGCUGCUUGGCCCCCUGAGGACCCCGCUACGCACACUGGACCUGGCCAACUGCGCCCUGAACCACGCGGACAUGGCCUACCUGGCAGACUGUGUCCAUGCCGGCCACCUGGAGGUGCUGGACCUCAGUGGACACAACCUGGUCCACCUGUUUCCCUCGACUUUCUUCAGGCUGCUGGGCCAGGCCGCCCAGACGCUGAGGGUGCUGACCCUGGAGGACUGCAGCAUCGCCGAUAACCACGUGGGCAUGAUGAUCCUGGGCCUGAGCCCCUGCCGCCGGCUGCAGGAGUUCAGGUUCCUGGGGAACCCGCUGUCGGCCCGCGCCCUCAGGCGCCUUUUCACUGCCCUCUGCGAGCUCCCCAGGCUGCGGCGCAUCGAGUUCCCAGUGCCGAGAGACUGCUACCCUGAGGACGCUGCCUAUCCCCAGGACGAGCUGGGCCUGGCCAGGUUUGACCAGCAGAAGUAUGACCUGAUCGCCGAGGAGCUGCGAGUGGUGCUGCUGCAAGCCCACAGGGAGGAUAUCCAGGCCUCCACGCCCCUCUACGGGAGUUUUGACCCAGACAUCGAAGAAACAAGCAAUGAGCUUGGUGCUUUCUUGCUGCAAGCGUUCAAAACUGCUCUAGAAAACUUCUCCAGAACACUGAGACAAACGGAGUAGAUCCUCGAGUGGCUCCAGUGGCGGGCCUCACAUUUCAGCCUGCAGGCCCUGGGAGUCCACCCUGGACUGGGCUUGGGCUGAGCAUUCGUCACCUGCAUCGCCACCACCCAAAGUGAGUCGUAGCGGAACCGUAGCACGCCUGUCGGGCCCCGGGGACAGGGAGCUCUGCCUUCUAGGAGAUGCAGCUCCAGGAGCCCCGAGCACCAGCACAGCAGGACGAGAGCUGGGCUGAGGCCAAGAGGGUCAGUGAAGGCCUGGGACAGUGGAAGCGCGUCUGCCGCAGUCUCACCAAUGGAGGAGGGUCAGAGAACACGUCAGAGGGAAGUGUAUAGUAAGCAGGAGCCCUAACUGUCACCGAAAAAGGAGAGACGUGAACCAGGCCCAUGCCCAGCAGGAAGGCGUCCUGCUCCUCACCCUGGGGCGCAGCGCUGAUGCCCACGCGGAACCGUGGCUCCUGCUCUGCGUGGCUUGUCCUCACGGUGCCUCAGUGAGCGAGGCCGAAGGCCGACUGGACCGAGGACAUCUGAGCCACCUGUGCCUCGCCUCUGCUGGGCAGCCGAGGGGCAGCUCUGGUGCUCACGUGACGCCUGCCACCUGGGUCCCACCAACCAAGGAAGAUGCAUUUGCCCUUGGCUUCCUCCCAGAGCUGCUCCGUGCAGAGCUGAAUGACUUCGUGCCAAGAAGACAGAGUGCAGUUUACUCAGCUGCAGUGUUUAUUUCAACGCAAUUCAGAACUUCAAAAAGGACUGUAGAGCCUGAAAAUAAAAAGUUCUCUCCAGGCA